AUACAUAAUAUCUUUUUAAAUCUUUCAAGUUUUAAGUUAUUGAAACAAAAAUCCAGAAGAGCUCGAAGCUCAACCCCAAUCAGAAGAAAAAGGAAAGUUGUGAAAACGGGGGGAGAAGAAGAAGAAGAUGCUGAAUCUUGCUGUUCGAAGUUUACGGGGUAGAACGGGCAUGGCGAGGAGGAUAUCAUCAAUGGCGGACGGUACAGCGAAAGAGAAAGUGGACUGCGUCGUGAUCGGAGCUGGUGUGGUCGGAAUAGCAGUGGCGAGGGAGCUUUCUCUCAGAGGCAGAGAUGUUUUGGUGUUAGAAUCUGCUCCCACCUUCGGUACCGGAACUAGUUCUCGCAACAGCGAAGUCAUCCAUGCCGGCAUUUACUAUCCUCGCAAUUCUCUCAAGGCAGUUCUUUGCGUAAGAGGAAGAGAUUUACUCUACCGGUAUUGUUCUGAACAUGAGAUUCCUCAUAAACAAAUUGGUAAGCUUAUAGUUGCUACUAGAACAUCAGAGGUUCCAAAGUUGAAUGAAUUAUUGAUUCGGGGAGUUCAAAAUGGGGUUGAAGGGUUGAGGAUGGUUGGUGGUAAUGAGGCAAUGAGAAUGGAACCUGAAUUACAGUGUGUAAAAGCCUUGCUUUCACCUUUGUCUGGAAUUGUUGAUUCCCAUUCGUUUAUGUUAUCUUUAGUGGGGGAGGCUGAAAAUCAUGGGGCUAAAUUCUCUUAUAAUACUGCUGUUAUUGGUGGUCAUGUUCAAGAAAAUAAAAUUCACCUCCAUAUAUCCGAUUCCAAAAAUCUUGAAAAGAUGAAUGAAGAUCAUCCCCCAGUGCCAGAGUUCAUGUUGGUUCCUAGACUUGUAGUGAAUUCCACAGGGUUAUCUGCUGUUCCGCUUGCAAAGAGAUUCGAUGGUCUCCAUGAUGGAGUCAUUCCUCCCUCUUAUUAUGCACGUGGCUGCUACUUUACAUUGUCAAAUGUGGGAGUCUCGCCAUUCCAGCGUUUGAUUUAUCCUCUACCAGAGGAUGGUGGUAUUGGUGUGCAUGUUACACUGGAUUUAGAUGGUCAAGUCAAGUUUGGUCCUGAUGUCGAAUGGAUUGAUGAGGUCGAUGGAAUCUCAAUCUUCUUGAACAAGUUUGACUAUUCUGUUCAUAGUAGUCGUGCUGAACGGUUUUAUGAGGAAAUAAGAAAGUACUAUCCCAGUCUCAAGGAUGGAUCUCUACAAUCAGGAUAUGCAGGAAUUCGGCCAAAACUCUCAGGGCCCCGACAAACUCCUGCUGACUUUGUUAUACAGGUCAUUUCUAAGCUUAUUAUCUUGAAUUAUGCAUAUCCAAAGUCUUUGACCUGUGAUUGGUUUCGAAUAGACAAUAAGCAAUUUUUUCUGUUUCUUAUUAUAUAUGGAAAAUUCAGUUAAUUUGACAGUGAAAGAGUGCAUUGACAAAUCAGGGACAAAAUCUGAAGCUUGAACAUCAAACAAGUUCUUGUUGGUCUAAUAACGAAGUGGAGUGGUUAAAUCUGACAUGUUCUUAAAAUAGAAAUUUGAAAUGAAACUUUUCUUUUAUUUUGUUCCUUCUCUUUUCCUUUUUCUCUCAUCUCCAGAUUUAUUGUGUUAUUCGAUUUUCCGCCUAAUUGACCAACAGAUGUUAACAUCCCAAGAGUUUGGCUCAAAUUUCACAGGAAAUCUCGUCACAACAGCAUCAGUUUAUUGAAACUUGAAAGAACAAAUCCUUUGACAUUAUCCAUAUUUUAAAUUUGUAAGGAACAAACUUCUAACAAAUUUCAAAGUAAACAGGCGACUUACUCCCUUUAUAUACUUUAUAUACCUGGGUUUCAUCGUGGACAGAAGCAAGUGUCAGAUUUCAAUGAACUACUUCAGACUACAUUUUGAAGAUUGCAAUGUUUUGUUUCUAGAAAAUCUCACUUGGUGUUAAUGUCAUUCGGUGUGAAGUAUGGAAUCAUUGUGAUAUUAUGCAGGGGGAGGAUAUCCAUAAGGUUUCUGGUCUCGUCAACCUUUUUGGAAUUGAAUCACCUGGGCUGACUUCAAGCCUAGCAAUUGCAGAGCAUAUAGCUGCAAUAUAUAUGUAAAGGAAUUGAAACCAAGAAAUUGGAAGAAAAAUCAUUCCAAAGUGUUUACCAAAAGGUCCAAAACCAAGCAAGAGCGAUUUUGUGAACAAGAAUGAGAAUCAAACGUGAGACUCACUCCUAAUCUGGCAAUCUCAUUCUCUCAAAGGUCUCGUUUAGAGUGAGAAUGCUAUCAUUUGAUGCUGUUAACUAAGGUUGUCUGGAAUUAGAAUCAGAAAUCCAUUGAUGUUGUUUACAUUCAUCUAGAGUCGGAGUGAAAUAUAGAUAAUUAUUAAAAUGUUAUUUUAGAAUAAAAUAAAUAAUGACUACAAAAAGUUUGUGUUCUACUGUACAAUUACCUUAUUGCUCUUAGGUAUUAAACAAAAGAACUUCCCUCCCUUGAUUCAUUUCCUUUUUCUUUCCUUAUUUCCUUCUUGUAUUCUCUGUGUUUCUUACUGUUAAGUGUGCAUUUUGUCUUCGUGAUUCGCCUCAGAAUACUCCCUUUAGCAUUUCACAAGGUAACGUAUCACUCUAUUUCCCUUUCAUUUUCGUUUUUAUUGUUUUUUGAAAUUGUUUUGGUUUAAUCUAUUUGAUGUACUGCAAAUCCAUUUAUUUCAAUGGAUUCUGAGGUGUGUGUGAGGGUUGAAUGUUGUUUUUGAGCGUGGGUAUGAUGUAUAUUGUUGUGUCAUGUUAUCUGGUUAGUCACAAGUUAGGGUUAGGGUUUAGUUGUUCCGUUUGCUGGUAAUGCAUGUAGUUAAAGCUUCAUGGAGUGAUUGAGAUUGACAAGCUAAGCUUAGAAGGGAGAAUUUGCAAAGUGAGAGCGGGAGGUAGAAUUCAAUUGAAGAAAAGAGUCUAAGCGAUAGUUUGAGCGAGAGCGAGAGCAAGAGCAAGAGCGAUUUUGUGAACAAGUUGCUUGAGGUGAUAACGUUUUGAACUUGUUCUAGUAUUGGAUUGGUUUGGUAUAGUCAAGUUUUAUUAAGUUUUUACUUUUGUCUUUGUUGUUAAAAUCUAAGAAAUCAAUUCAAAGUAUAUGAUUUAUUUCAUCAUGAGCAUAGCUCAAUAUUAAGACAUUCCUUUUCUUGAUAUCGGAGGUUCAAAUCUUCAUUCUUACAAUUUGUGGUACUAAAAAAUUGCAAAGCACCCUUUCACUCACUUUAGUUUAUCUUUUCUCACCAGUAUUUGGCGCUCACUUUUGUAAUCCCUUUUGUUUGGGGUUCUCAAUUGAUUUCAUUUAUCAAUUUUGUGAGUGAGAACACGCUAGAUGAAAAUAAGGAUUUAAAUAUCGUUGUCAUGUUCUAAACCACAGUCAAAUUUUGAAUACAUAUUAGAACACUUUCCCAGAGUAAAAGAAGGAAUAUCAAAGGAGUUUUCCAUAAUAGAACCAGACGACAUUUUAUUUUUAGCUUUAUAAAUUUAUUUUUCAAUUUCUCCAUAAUCCAUUAUUGUUUUUAUUUUUUAUUUUAUAGGCAUGAGUUAUCUCCCACCUAGGAAGGAAAAUAAAAAAUAUGGUGCUUAAAUGGAAUAGAUAGACAUGGAUCGUAUCACUACCUUCAUGGGGCUCUUUUGAAUCUUAUGAAAAUAAGAUGUGACAUUUGUGUGAGAAAGGUAACUAAAAUAAUAUUUUUAUCGAUUUAUUUAUUAUAAAUAUUUUAUAGUAUUUAAAUAUUACUUGCAUGCAUUUUAGGUACUUGGGGGUGAUGAUGUUUGUGAAGACAAAUGAAAAAUUAUGUUAGAUAGUGCAUUUCAAUGUGAAGUUGGGAGAGAAGGUUGAUGGAACAAUCUUGCACUAAAAUAUUUGAGAUCACUCCACUUUCAAAGAGGUGUAUAGUCUGUUCUAAAUCACGUUUGGUGAAAGCUAGGAAGAACAAUGUAUCCAUCGAGUUUUGUUCCCCAAGGCUGAUCAAAUGACUCAUUUUACCAAACUUGGUUGAUACAUUGUUCUUCAUAACUUUCACCAAAUUUGGUUCAAAACCUUUCGAAUGUUUAGACACAACAGACCUUAUACAACUCUUCGAAGGUGGAGUGAUCUCAAAUUUUCAAUGUGAGAUUGGUCCAUUAACCUUCUUUCCCAACUUCACAUUACAUUGCACAAUUAAUAUAAUUUUUCAUUUGUCUUCGACACAUCAUCACCCCCAAAUACCUAAACUGCAUUAUUUAAAUACUAUAAAUAAUUUAUAAUAAAUAAAUUAAUAAAAAUAUUCUUUUAGUUACUUUUCUCAUAUAAAUGUCACAUUUUAUUUUAUAACAUUUAAAAGAGCACCUAGAGAGUUAAUUACUUCUCUUGCAAGAAAGUAGUGAUACAAUCCAUGUUUGUCUAUUCCAUUUAAGCACCAUAUUUUAUUUUUCUUUGUAGGAGAUAACUCGUGGCUAUAAAAUAAAAAAAAAACAAUUAUGCAUUAUGGAGAAAUAGAAAGAUAAAUUUAUAAAGCUAGAAAUAGAAUAUCACCUAGUUUUAGAAUGAAAAAUUUCUUCUUUGAUAUUUAUUCUCUGACUCUGGGUAAGUGUUCUAAUAUCGAUGUCAAAAUUUGAAAUUGUACAGUACUCUUGUCAUGUUCUAAACCACUCCGAAACAUGCUAUGAGUUUUCUGAAAAUCAAAUGUUAUAAAUCCAAAGUGAUUUGUCUCGAAAGAUUAGUCGAGGUGCAUGUAAAAUUUGACCUUGAAACUGAAGGAUGUAAAAAAGGAAUGACGUUUGUCAAUUUAAUGAUAUCUUUCUUUUCUAGGUUUGACUAUUCCGUGCCUAGUAGUCGUGCUGAGUGGCUUUAUGAGGAAGUAAGAAAGUACUAACCCAGGCUCAAGGAUGGAUCUCUACAAUCGGGAUAUGCAGGAAUUCGGCCAAAACUCUUAGGCCCUGACAAACUCCAGCUGACUUUGUUAUACAGGUAGCAGAAGAGUCCAGGUUGCGAAGUUGGUCAAGGUCUGCCACAAGUUUAGAAAUAGUACUAAAAGAGAUUUGUAGUUGGGGUAUUGCCACACUAGUAAAUGUAACUUGAAAUUGUAAACUAGUUUCCUAAAUAAAGCAUGUAAGAUUUUCCACUUCUGUAGUAAAUAAGGUUUAAAAAGGAAACUAGUAAGGUAAUGUCCAUAGUUGUCAUGAAAGAGUAGCAUCAAUUAACAUCAUGCCUCUCCCGAGCCCGCAUUCCUGAAAAGCUUACAAAGAACAUUUAAUUGCAAGGUUCAAGGACCAUCACAUCCAGUUUAAGGGGAAGGAGAUUCAUAAGGUUUCUGGUCUCAUCAACCUUUUUGGAAUUGAAUCACCUGGGCUGACUUCAAGCCUUGCAAUUGUAGAGCAUAUAGCAAGGUAGGAUUCCGUUUGAUAAUGAUUUUGUUUUAGCUUUCUGUUCAUUAAAAUUAAAACAACUUGACUAUCAAUUUCUUUGUUUAACAAUUUUUUUCUUUUAAAAAAGUUCCAACUAAAUUUCAAAAACAAAAGAAUAUGGUUUUUAGAACUGUUUUCUUGCUUUUGAAAAUUUUGAAAAACGUUCUAAAUGCAUAUAUUAUAAAACAAAGAAAAUUGUUGGUGAUAUAUCUUUCGAAAACGAAAAGUAAAAAACAUAAACAUUAUCAAACGUACUUUUAAUUCUUGAAUAAGUUGCAUUGGUAACCCUGAGGUGAGUUGCACUUCUAUUUUCUAUGAAGAAAAAACCAAACUUAGCUUGUCAAUGUAAAGAAAUAUGGACCUAUCACAUAUCUAUGAAAAGCCAACCAAAUUGUAAUAU